AUGGAUGAAAAGCAUAUGAUUGGAGGGCUGGCCUGGAAUCAGCAAAGAACGAAUUCACGUUCCAAACUCUGGAUCAUCAUUCCAUCUAUCUUAUCGUUCUUGUACAUUCUUUUCCGUGGCUGGUGGAGCAUCUUACCGUCGACGAACGAAACAAGUUUUCUCAAAUUCAACAGAGAGCGCAUCAACUGGGAGCCCUGCGGGGACUUCGAGGCCAGUCCCCUGGAAUGCAGCAGUAUUCAUGUUCCUAUGGACCAAUUUGAUCUGCAAAAUUCGGGAAAUAGGACCUUUACUAUCCCACUUGUUCGCAUGCGAGGCAGCAACGCGACUCAAAACCUCCUCCUAAACCCAGGUGGCCCUGGAGCUAGCGGCUUCCAAUUCCUCUACAAUCGCGGUAAGCAGCUGAAGGCCGUGGUUGGCGAAGGUUACCACCUGCUCUCGUUUGACCCUCGCGGUGUCAAUAGCUCGACUCCAACGGCCUCUUGCUAUCCAGAUGACAGAACGCGACAAAAAUUAGCCCAUGUUCGAUCUCUAGAUGUAUUGGGUGAUAGCCCCGAGGUCUAUGCGUGGGCGCAGAACUUUUUCAGGGCAUGUUCUGACACGAUGGGCGAGCAUGCCAUGUAUCUCAAUACCCCCCAGACAGCCGCCGACAUGAACAGUAUUCUUGAUGCUCUGGGUCAGGAAGAUAUGAUCUACUGGGGAUUCAGUUAUGGCAGCCUGCUGGGUCAGACAUAUGCUGGCCUAUUUCCCGAGCGGUCGAAGCGUGUUAUUAUUGAUGGAGUCGUGAAUCAAUUCGAAUGGUACGAAGGUCUUUUUGAGGCACAGUCGCUGAUCGACACGGACACAGUACUCGAUGGCUUUUUUGAAGAGUGCAUCAAUGCCGGAGCAGACACUUGCACCUUGGCCUCGCUGGCAACAUCCAAAGAGAAGUUGCGUAACACGGUGCUAUCGUACAUACACAUGCUUCAACAACAGCCGAUUGGUGUAUACAUCAACAACUCCGUUUACGGCUUGCUUGACUACGAAAAGGUCUGGUACAAUGGGUUUCUCGAAGCCCUGUAUAAACCUUCGAUUUGGUCUACCCUGGCGGAUAACAUGUACAAACUCAUCAAAGGAAAUGCGACAAAUGCAUUUUUAGAAUAUGCAAAUAAAGAAAUUCGUGACUGGCGCCAUGAAGCAAACGAGUUUAUCACUCUGAAUGACGGCAUUAGUGGCCCGGAGCAUUGGCCUCAGGACAGACAGACAUUUCUGGAAAAUAUCACACCCUUGUUCAAUCACAGUUUGUUCAGCCCUGUGCAGAGCAAAAUAUACUACAUGCGGCAACAUUGGAAUAUACCAAAGACACAUUCUUAUGUGCCACGAAAAGGCGUGAAGACGACACAUCCGAUGCUGAUUCUCUCGACGACUUACGACCCAGUGUGCCCCCUCAUAGCUGCAUGGUCAGCGAACGAGGCAUUUGAGGGCUCGCAGGUCAUCGAAGUCAAGGGUUACGGGCACUGCUCCGUUGCACUGCCAUCGGUGUGCGUUGCAAAAUAUGUGCGAGAGUUUUUGUAUGGAGGCAAAUUGCCCGACACAUACACGCAGUGCGAGGUAGACUCUAGCUACUUCCACAGGCUAAACAAGAGCAGGCAAUUGCCAGCUUAUAAACACUUUGAGGAUGCGGAGGAGGCCAGAAUCCACCUAGCGCAGGUGCUGCUAGCGAGAGACUGGGAUUUUGCAUUAGGAAAGUAG